GAUCUGGUGCCUGGCACUGAGUAUGGAGUUGGAAUAUCUGCUGUCAUGAACUCACAGCAAAGUGUACCAGCCACCAUGAAUGCCAGGACUGAACUUGACAGUCCCCGAGACCUUAUGGUGACAGCCUCCUCGGAAACUUCCAUCUCCCUCAUCUGGACCAAGGCCAGCGGCCCCAUUGAUCACUACCGAAUUACCUUUACCCCUUCCUCUGGGAUCGCCUCAGAAGUCACUGUGCCCAAGGACAGGACCUCAUACACACUGACAGAUCUAGAGCCUGGAGCAGAGUACAUCAUUUCAAUCACUGCUGAGAGGGGUCGGCAGCAAAGCUUCGAGUCCACCGUGGAUGCCUUCACAGGCUUCCGCCCCAUCUCCCAUUUGCACUUUUCUCACGUGACCUCCUCCAGUGUAAACAUAACCUGGAGUGACCCAUCCCCUCCAGCAGACAGACUCAUUCUGAACUACAGCCCUCGGGAUAAAGAAGAAGAGAUGACAGAGGUCUCCCUGGAUGCUACCAAGAGGCAUACUGUCCUGAUGGGUCUGCAGCCGGCCACUGAGUACAUUGUGAACCUGGUAGCAGUCCACGGCACGGUGACCUCUGAGCCCAUCGUGGGCUCCAUCACCACAGGAAUUGAUCCCCCCAAAGACAUCACAAUUAGCAAUGUGACCAAAGACUCAGUUAUGGUCUCCUGGAGCCCUCCUGUUUCAUCUUUUGAUUACUACCGAGUAUCCUAUCGGCCAACACAAGUGGGACGGCUGGACAGCUCAGUGGUCCCCAACACAGUGACAGAAUUCACCAUCACCAAGCUAUAUCCAGCCACCGAAUAUGAAAUCAGUCUCAACAGCGUGCGGGGCAGGGAGGAGAGUGAGCGCAUCUGUACCCUCAUUCACACAGCUAUGGACAACCCUGUGGAUCUGACUGCUACCAACAUCACUCCAACAGAAGCCCUGCUGCAGUGGAAGGCCCCAGUGGGUGAAGUGGAGCACUAUGUCAUUAUUCUCACACACUUUGCAGUUGCUGGAGAGACCAUCCUGGUUGAUGGUGGCAGUGAGGAAUUCCAGCUCGUUGGCCUGCUUCCUAGCACCCACUAUACUAUUAAUAUGUAUGCCACCAGUGGGCCUCUCACCAGUGGCACCAUCAGCACCAACUUCUCUACCCUCCUGGACCCUCCAGCAAACCUGACAGCCAGUGAAGUCACCAGACAAAGUGCCCUGAUCUCCUGGCAGCCUCCCAGAGCAGAAAUUGAAAACUACAUCUUAACCUACAAAUCCACUGAUGGAAGCCGCAAGGAGCUGAUUGUGGAUGCAGAGGACACGUGGAUCCGACUGGAAGGCCUGUCUGAGAGCACAGACUACACAGUGCUCCUGCAGGCAGCCCAGGACACUUCCCGGAGCAGCCUCACCUCUGCCACCUUCACCACAGGCCCUGCCAGGAAACUUCUACCUGCCAAGGCAACCAUAGGAACCAGCAGUACAAAUCCUUGGUCCACCUGGACCCACUAA